CCCUCUAUACUACUCGGUCAAAGGUCACCAUUUGUGUACAGUGGCCGCCAUAGUUACGGCGAGGUUGGAGGUAUAGUUUUUCGCCUGGACCGUAUCUUUUCCUCGUUUUCUGGAUAGAAUUUCUUCAGUUGCUUGGACGUUUGGUUACAAUAUAAACAGCCGAACAAAAUGAGUAGCAAGCUGGCGGUCAGGUCGUCAAAGAAAGACCGACCCAAGAGUUCGGGAAGGAGAAAGAAUCGAGACGGAACGCCCGACAAGUUGAACUCUCCGAGCCAGUCGAACACCAUGGAGGACGAGGAAGGACCCGCUAAAAACGUCAUCAAUGGCGAAGAUAUCCAGGCAUUACAGAUAAGGUCACUCACUGCUUAUAAUCUCUAUUCCAGGGAAGAAGACCUAACUAAGAUCCGGGUGCCCAAACCUCCUCCCGAGACUGAGCGUACCGCCCGGUCCAACCGGAUCAUGGUCAAACGGCUACGCGGGCCAGACGAUCCCGCUAGGAUCAAAUUCCGCCAGAUCACAAUUGCCCGCCCUGCGCCCUACGAUGCACCGAUCAAACCCACGGAUUACCUGGGUGCAGGCGGUCCAGGGUUGGACAUGACUGGUGACAUCUUGGCUCACACCAUCCUGGGUUCUGUGGAUGACUUUAAACAGGAGGCUAUUGCUAGGGGAGAGGAGGAUGAGGUCCUUCCCCCUGGUAUAAACCUGGACAUGACGACUGCCACUUCACCUUCCAUCAAGUACGAGAAGAAGAAGAAAGAGAAGAGGGCGCGCAAACCCGCGGAAGACGAGAGCAACGCCCUCCGCAACUGGGAAAACAAGAUGCGCGAGCGUAAGCGCCAACAGGGGUACAUCUCCAAACUCCUGCAGCGUUCUACCGACACGCUUCUCAUGAACCAGAGCGAGAACUACCGCCAGACGCAGGAAGAGCGGUACCUCAUCGACCGCACCAUGCCAUCCAUCAACUACGGUAAGGGGUACCGCGUUGGGAGUGAGUUCUGGAAGCAGCACGAAAGGCUUGGCGACGACCUGACAGGCCUUAACAUGACCCUCACCCAAACGGAGAGAGGGUACCCCCCGCCCUUCGAGCACGUGGCAAAACCCAACUUUGUAAAGAUGGAGACGGGCAUACAGGGCCUGCCCACCAAGAGUACAGCCAGCUUCCAGUGGGAGCGGUCAGGGUAUCUGAAAACCCGUCAGAAACAGCUCCAGCCAUUCAUGGAAGAGCUGGUCCCAGCGCGACCUGAUCUGGAAAACCUGGAGAUCAUCGGCACCAACAAGGGAGUCCUGACGGCCAUCGAUGACGAAGAAACCUUGGAUGAGUUUGACGUCCCGGAAGAUCACAAGGAAAACAUCCGGCCAAUGAAAACGGCUGAAACAGCCAACGAUCCUCUGGCAGCCUACCCAGAUAGGUUUGAGGAGCCGAUCGUUGGACCAGCGAUGAUCGUCGGCGGUCACUACGCCUUGUGGACGGGGGAUGACCACUCUGAGAAAGGUGGUGUGGGCAUCUCCUGCAGGAUUGCCUUCGAAGCCAACACUGCACAGAGGAAGCUGCAGUUCCUGGAGCUGACCAACAACGGCACCACGGCGGUCUACUACAACUGGAGGAAGAUCCCCAUCAAGAACGCCUUCGACUGCAAGCCUCCCGACCCCGUGCAGCGGUUCUACUUCAACACCAACAGCGGGGUCAUCCUCCCGGGUGACAGCAUGAAGUACCCGUUUGUCUUCAAGUCGCAGAAUGCUGGCAUCUUUACAGAGCUGUGGGAGCUGCACACGAGCCCGGUCCUGUGCGGCGGGGCGGCCAUUCAGAUCACCCUGCGUGGCGUCGCCAUCCAAGAUGAUGUCAACAAGGAGUCUCGUGUUCGACUCGAACAGGAGCUUGCGCACAAGGAGGCUGUGUUGGGGGUUACCGACAUACUGAACAGCAUCCUCGAGGGUGUUCGGACCCCGGAGAGGGCCCGGUCGCCGCUGGAUGCAUACAUCACCGAAGAGGAGAUCUUCCUGAGGAAGAACGAAGGAGUUCAGUGGAACUUUGAAGCUAUACAGAAAGUCCAAGAGCUUUACAAGGAGCUUUACCCUGAAGAAGAAAGAGAGGCCCAACAGUGGGACUUUUCCUUGGAGAACCUGAAGAAGCAACUCCUCGCGAUCGAGGAAGACGAACAGAGGGAAGACUUCUUGAAGCGCAUGAACGAUAUCGUCAUGGAGAUGUCUGUUCCGUUGUCGGUGCCGUCCCAGCCUGUCAUGCGCCAAAUGACCUACGAACUCCUGCAGGACACCAUAGACAACAUGGCUGGAGCUGCAGCUGUUAUUUGUGGUGUGUUGGGGAUGCCCGAGCUCCACACUGAGCCGGUUCACGUCGAGCCCAUCCACAAAAUCCAACACAAGAAGCCAGAGAAGGAGAAAGAACCAGACAAAAAGGACGCCAAAAAGGACAAAGGGAAGGAUGACAAAAAGGGAGGGAAGAAAGACAAGGAAGAGCGACCCAAAAGCAAAGGCGGGAAGGGAAAGGAUAAACCGGCAGCCACACCAAAGAAGGAAACCCCCGCAGUGCAAAAGGAAGUGGAACCACCCAAGGAGAAAGAGCCACCGGUACCGUCCGUGUACGACAGUGUUGAUCCAGAGUUGAGGCAGAAGUGGCGGGAGAAAAUGUACGCCCAGACCUACAACUUACUGGAAAAGAUGUUUGAUAAAAUGACUAUGGUGUAUGAGGACAUUCAAGAAACAGAAGCUAAAGAUGCGGCCCCAGUAGUUUUCUGAACAAAUUAUAUACCCGUUACUUUAUUUCUGUUAUAGUU